CCAACCCACAGCUCCGCUUUUGUGCUCUCAGACCUUGUGACACAACGACCACAUAUCGCUCAUCUGACGUCUUCCAGUAACUCAAUACUACACCAUCAUGUCGAAGCCAAUCCUGGAGUUGAUCGAGAUGAACGAGGCAGGCAUUGUCACAGCAACAUACGUCCAAACGAGCACAGCCAAACGCGACGUUUCCAGGAUCGACAGGAUUGAGCCAGAGAGCACACAAAAAUCACUCAAAGCACUACUAGAUGUUUUUUUACCAGCCGGAUAUCCUCAUUCCGUGAGCGAAGACUAUUUACCAUACCAAAUCUACGAUUCACUUCAAGCGUUCUCUAGCUCAAUUGCCGGACUCCUUGCUUCAAGGGCAGUGCUCGAAGGUGUUGGCGUGGGUGAUGCUUCGGCAUCCGCUACCAGUGCGCUCUUACUUUCAAUCUUGCAAGAGUCUAUGGGCAGGGCCGCAACGAUAUUGUUUGCUCAUCGCCUCGGCACGUCUUUAGAGCCUGAGUGUAAAAUGUACCGGUUGUUGGCUGAUGUUUUCAAUGAUGCCGCCAUGGUACUCGACUGCUUGUCGCCAGCCUUUCCGAAACCAAUGCGAGUCCUGAUACUGGCGUCUAGCAGCAUCCUGAGAUCGCUAUGCGGAGUUGCGGCCGGCAGCUCAAAAGCCAGUCUCAGUGCUCACUUUGCUCGCUGGGGAAAUUUGGGAGAGCUCAAUGCUGUAAGUUUCAUCGAAGACUACAAAUAUAUCGAGAAAGAUUCGAGUCAAGAAACUGUAAUUUCUUUGAUUGGAAUGCUGGUUGGUUGUCUUGUGGUCAAGGCGGUCAAUACGCCCUUGGCGACUUGGACGACGUUGCUGCUGCUGCUAGCGUUGCAUCUUGCUACGAACUACAUGGCGGUCAGGUCGGUGUGCAUGCGCACGCUCAACCGUCAACGUGCAAACAUAGUCUUUGCUUGCUUGCAUAAGCAUGAUCGCGUGUUGAGCCCUGAGCAAGUCUCAGACAAGGAGAGAAUAUUCGAACGCGAUGGAAUAUUGCGUGAUGCAGACGACAAAUGCUUGGGCUACUGCAGGAUUGGAGUCCCCGCUUCUGAACUGUUGAUGCACCUAGGAAAGACGGACAAGCUGACUAAAGCGACGAACCUUGCGGACGGCAGGCUACUGCAGCUAUUGGGUCUUUUCGAGGAGGAGGGUUACGUGAUCUAUCUGGAACACGCGUCAAACAUGGCCUGCAUCUUGUUAAAGAAGGGCAGCAACACCGCGGUUCAGUUGAAGGCCUGGUACCAUGUCCUACUUCUUGCGCGACUAGCCGGGCAGGGGUGCAAAGCUGAAGAGGCACCCAUGGACAUGGUUAAGAGCACACUUGUGGCUGUAAGGAAGGACUGGGAUAAGGUCCAAGCAAGACUUGGUGAGGCCGGCUGGGAUUUGGAGACGGCGGCGCUGGAGACGACUUCGGGCUCAAGGGUGUGCAUCCAAAGGUGAGACGUAGGGGUCCUGUCUUCCUCCACGAAAUGGUCAGUCGCCAUCGGCGAUCGUGGGAGAUGGUGAGAUACGAAAGCUUGUCUGUUGAAUGAAGCACGUUCUCCAAGCGUGGACGACCACGGAUCAGUAGUUGUCUUGGAGGCUUUGCGUGUCGGGUGACGAGUCAGUGCGAGACGUAUGCCGAGCCAAUCGCGCCAGCUAGAUUGUCGUCAGAGCACAAGAGCACUCACUGCGCGCACAGAAGGAGCGGAAGCCGGAUGAGAUAAGAGAACCCACUUGGAAUCAUACUCCGACGAGGUCUGCGACACGAAGUUAAGCUUGGAGGCAGGCGCUUGAUGAACAUGCCUUGGAACAUCUGCAAAGCCUCCCCUAGACCCUCUGACUCUGAUGUACCAAGGUAUUCGACUUCUAACUUCGCUCGGGCGCCUGUCAAAACAGAUCGCGUUUUUUUCAGGGAACUUAGGAGUAAAUUGCAUGGUGCGAAGUAAA